ACACAAACAAAGAUGGCAUCAUUGAGAAAUGUGAUUUUGACGAAGUAGUGGAGAAAAUAUCAACACUUCAUCACUGGAAGCAGAACGAUGAUGCCUUUCAGAAAGCUCAGGAGACAGUGAACAAAAUCUGGGAGGGACUCAGGGAUAGGGCCGACAGGAACAAGGAUGGGAAAAUCACCAAGGAAGAAUGGAUCAAAAUGUGGGAAGAGUCCAUCCGAGACGUGGCAGAAGUCAAAUCUUUCCCACCCUGGCAGCAAGACUACAUGGAGUUUAUGUUUUACGCCAACGACACUUCCGGGGAUGGAUACAUCGACCGUGAUGAGUACACAGCCAUCUACCAGCUGUUUGGCUUUUCAAAUGAUGACGUCAAUCUGUGCUUUGACAAGAUAUCGGAGGGAUUGCCUGACAACAAGCUGUCCAAGGAAGACUUCGAGGCUCUUUGGAGAGAAUACUUUGUGGCUGAAGACGAGGAUGCAAAGGGCAACUAUCUGUUCGGCAGACAAAAGCAUUAA